CCGCCGCCGCGUGUCCCUCCGCGCGCGCCAUCCCUUCCGGCUGGCGGUAAGAUGGCGGCGCCGGGGCUUUCCAAGGCCGAGUACCUGCGGCGCUACUUGAGCGGGCCGGCCGCCGCAGAAGCCGCCCAGCCCCGCCGCCGCCGCAAGAAGAAGCCGCCGGGCGGCGCCGGCAGAGGCGGGAUGCGGAUCGUGGACGACGAUGUCAGCUGGAAUAGCAUCGCCGCUGUCCAGGAGGAGGAGGAGGAGGACGAAGGGGACAUGCCCGUGGUGGCAGAAUUUAUUGAUGAGCGUCCAGAUGAAGUGAAGCUCAUGGAGGAAUUCCGAACAAAUACGAAAUGGAAACUUUUAGGCGACCAGAACGAAGACUCACAAAGUUCAGAUAUUUCAGUACCUGCCAAAUCUACCGCGAGGAGACUGCGGCAUGACUCCCCGGACAAAUCGCCUCCAGGGCAACAGCGCCACGACUCCCCAGAUCUGUCCCCUCCCAGGCGAGAGAGAAACAAUUCCGCCAACCUCUUGCCUCCCAGGCGACAGCGCCACGAGUCCCCAGACCUCUCGCCACCAAGAAGGAAGCGCCAUGACUCCCCAGACCUGUCACCCCCGAGAAGGAAGCACAAUGGCUCCCCGGACAAAUCUCCCCCAAGACGGAAGCGUCACGACUCCCCGGACCUGUCACCUCCCAGGCGACAGCGUCACAGCUCCCUGGACAAAUCUCCCCCAAGACGGAAGCGUCACGACUCCCCAGACCUGUCACCUCCCAGACGGAAGCGUCACGACUCCCCAGACCUGUCACCUCCCAGGCGACAGCGUCACGACUCCCCGGACCUGUCACCUCCCAGGCGACAGCGUCACGACUCCCCGGACAAAUCUCCCCCAAGACGGAAGCGUCACGGCUCCCCGGACCUGUCACCUCCCAGGCGACAGCGUCACGGCUCCCCGGACCUGUCACCUCCCAGGCGACAGCGUCACGGCUCCCCGGACCUGUCACCUCCCAGGCGACAGCGUCACGGCUCCCCGGACCUGUCACCUCCCAGGCGACAGCGUCACGGCUCCCCGGACCUGUCACCUCCCAGGCGACAGCGUCACGGCUCCCCGGACAAAUCUCCCCCAAGACGGAAGCGUCACGACUCCCCGGACCUGUCACCUCCCAGGCGACAGCGUCACGACUCCCCGGACCUGUCACCUCCCAGGCGACAGCGUCACGACUCCCCGGACCUGUCACCUCCCAGGCGACAGCGUCACGACUCCCCGGACCUGUCACCUCCCAGGCGACAGCGUCACGACUCCCCGGACCUUUCUCCAAAGAGAGUCAGUUCAGCAAUGGGGAACAAGGGCUGCAAAACCACAGACAAGUCACAGUCAGUGGGAGUCCAAGGAGGGCAAUCUCAGCUCAGGCAUGGUGUCUCUGACAAGUCCUCGUCACGUCAGAAGCGUCUGGCUACUCCAGAUCUAUCCCCUCCACGGAAGAAGAGGUACAAUUCUGACCCAGAUUUGCCACCGCCUCGGAGAAAGAGGACUGGGUCACCUAGUCUGAAGAAGCAGAGCCGAACAAAACGUGCUUCUCCAGCCACAAAAAAGCUUAGGCAGGAGCCCUCGCCUCAGAGGUGCCCAAGGCAUGACUCUGAGUCUCCAUCUCCGCGGAGGGCUACCCAGAACGCCUCCGAUGCAGACCACAGGCUAGGCCAUGUACGCAGUGAUUCCCCUAAGCGUGGUCCUCUCAAACAGAAUCAGAGCAAAUCUUCAGACUCUGAUUUAUCUCCUCCACGACGGACUCUGCUAGCCAGCAAGGAUCAGCGCAGUUCGAGGAGUCCCCCUGACCUCUCACCUCGUCGCCACCGUGAUGCUAAGGGAUCUCCCAAGAAGGCAAACGUGAUGUUAUCUGGGGUCAAAGCUGGCUUGGUGUCAGCUGAUGUGCUGCGGAGGGAACAGCAGGAGCUCAGGAGGCAUGAGAGAAAUAACAAGCACUUGGAAGAGGAAUCCCGACACUCCGAGACCGUCUUCCGAGACAAGUCAGGCCGCAAGAGGGACCUUGUGCAGGAGCGGCUGGAGCAGAGGCAGAAAGCUGAAGCAAAGUCUGAGAGAGACGAGCAAUAUGCCAAAUGGGGAAAAGGGCUAGCACAGGGGAGGCAACAGCAGCAGAACGUGGAAGAUGCUAUAAAAGAGAUGCAGAAGCCAUUGGCUCGUUAUAUUGAUGACCAGGAUCUGGAUCGAAUGCUGCGGGAACAAGAGAGAGAAGGAGACCCCAUGGCUGACUUCAUCAAAAAAAGGAAGGCCAAAGAGAACAAAGAAAAGAAAGAAAAACCUAGGUACAAUGGACCAGCACCUCCACUCAACCGAUUUAAUAUAUGGCCCGGGCAUCGCUGGGAUGGUGUGGACAGGUCCAAUGGAUUCGAGCAGCAGCGCUUUGCCAGGAUCGCCAACAAGAAGGCAGUUCAGGAGCUCGCAUACAAGUGGAGCGUUGAGGACAUGUAGGCAAGAUGAAGAACCGUGCAAAGCAGUGCUCCAGAGGUUCAGCUACUGCCAGAGCUGUGCGGAAUGGCUCACUCUGCCUGGGCCAAGCCCUAUCCUCAGCGUUCAGUAUCCCAGCGGACCAUCCUCUGAGAGGCAAGGCUGAAUUUAGAGGAGAGCUGCCAAAAGAGGAUUUUUCCGGCAGCCAGAGAGGACGAGUGCAGAGAACUGCAGCGGUGUUAUUCGGAGCAGGGCAGUGGCUGAGUGUGGCGGACAGGUGCGGUGGCUGCUGCCUGCCAGACUACCUCAGCUCUCUGGCGCUCUCCCAUAAGGUGCUGCAGACAUUGGUUUCUGGUCCCUUUAUUUGUCUUCUAACAAACUGUAGAAAUGAUACGCUUGAUUGUUUUUAUGACAAAUGCUUUGUCCUCUGAGGGCGGUUCAUAAGUCUUCAGCUGUCCUAAAUCUCAGGUUUUUCUUCAUGGUGAAAGUAUACUGAACGCUUGGUCCCUACUCAUCCAGUAGGUCAGUCUGUUCCAGAACUCCGUUGCAGUUUCAGUUGUGCUCGAGUUGUGCCAGGGAGCAACUAUACUCUAAAACUACUUAGUACUGUGAGCUGGUUCACGUCUGGGCUGACGUCAGAUCUGCCCCACGUCCUUCCCAGUGCACCCAAAAGGCUUCUGUUAAGUUAGUGUAGUUAUCAGGCCCUCUAGAGUUCACGGAGUCACUGACUUGCAGUGAAGUCAGUAAAGCUCAGCUUCUCCUAGCCCUGUCUGAGUAGGAAGCUGCUUGCUGUGUAGCCCUCUGGCUCCUACGAGAGGUUCAGAGACAAACCCGCAAUGCUGCAUUCAGCAGCAAAAUCUUCAGGAGCCCCUGCAACUCUUUGGGGGUCAAUUUCUUAUGGAAAUAAACAUAUGGAGGGUGUUCAAAUUGCUUCCUCUGACUGUUAUUUCAGACCUCCCCAGACUUCACACCAGACAGUAGUGCUGAUAGCUUGGUGCUUCCCUCGUGCUGCUGCCUGGGGGCUAGCUUCAGUGUGAAGCGUAACCCCUCUCUUGUGGUCAGAUUUGUCAGGCUUGGAGGCGGAGGCCAGGCAGAGAGCUUCCUUAAUCCCUGCUUGUGAGAAAGCACUUCUGGAAAUAAAUACAGUUGUUCCUGUCUACAUCCCAGGGAGUGUGUCUUAAAUGCAGCCAGCAGUUUCCAUGGAGAUGCCUUGUCUUCAGUAGUGGUCAGGGGGCCAGACAUCAGAACUGCUCUGUGCGGUGAUUCUCGAGCACUAGGAGGGCUGUGGGUGCGAAGCGCAGGGACGAAGUCUUCUCUAGAGUGGGAGAGUCUCGGGACUUCCCUGUUUUUUUAUUCACUGUGUUACGUUUCUAGCAGUCCUGUAAUCUGUGUGUACACUUGUAAAUAACAGCUUUCUUUUUUUACUUGAUUUUGUGUGGUGGUGUUUUGUCCAAGGCAGGGAAAAGGAGGGUAAAUAAUUGUCAGCCUGCCGGUGAAAGAACUGAAUAUAAUGUCUGCUGCGGCCACCGCUGUCUGCGGCUACCUCUGCCAAACAAAUUGUGCUUUGCUAACGUCUUUAUCAAAGUCUGCUGGGAACUAUCCAGGCUGAAAGUGGGAACUUACUGGACCCUAGCUGCGCUGACAGUCCCGCCUGCAUUUAGGGGUAGUCGGUUAAGCUUCACCUUCACCGCAUCCUUUGGGGACAGAUACCCUCCUGUUGCUGCUUGCAAGUGCAUAAACCGUGGACUGCUGCUCACAGCCAGUGACUGAGGCCAGGAGAGGAAUGGAGAACGAGGCACCGCUUGUAGAUCUUGUGGGAGAGAGCUGUGGUUUUUUUUACUGUAACAGCCAAAUUGAGGAAAACCACCCUUGAGCAGGGCUCACUUCUUUUGUGGGCACAGAGGCAGUGUCAGGAAGGCUUUGCUUGCAUGGGCCCUGUUGCAGUGGGUCGGGCAGGAGAUGGUUUGGGAGUGCGAGGCAAUUGUGUAAGGCAGCAGUGAGAGUUCAGAGCUGCUUGCUGCAGCAUACUGAAAACCUGCUCUUCAGUCCUGCAUAUUUUCCAGUUGUACUUUCCCCUUCUAUCACUAAGGUCCUAUUUUUUUUCUUUUUUUUUUUUUUUACUGUAACUUGAGGCAGCCGCAGCCUUUGGAGUUACAUUUGACAGACACUCAUUUUUGCUCUCGCUUAUCGGAGUGCUUCUGGAGACAUAAAAAGACAACUGUGGAAUUACUGAAUUCACCUUAGUGUGAAGGAUUGUUGCCCUGGUUAGAUGCUUGUGCCUUCCUGCCCACCCUGCUUGGGUGAGAGUGUGCUUCCCUUACAGAGCAACAGAAGAUGGCAGCUGGCUAGCUCAUGUGACAGUUGGGACUAUAAGCUGCUACUUAGGAAGGCAAAGCCAUUUUAAUGCUGGUACUAAUACAAAAUUAUUUUAGUACCUGAAAACAGCAUAAACUUCUGCUCUUGCAACUUACUUUGAAGGCUGCAGUUUAAGAUUUUAGGUAGAGGUACUACCAUAGGGACCUCAUAUCAGUGCUCAUUACAAUGCUGAAUUUAUACAAUGCAUCUAUUACUUGUUUGUUACCAGAUAUUUUCUUCUUAAGGUAUGUAUAUCUGUGCACAGUAGGAGUACGGGAGAGCUUAGAUGAUGCAGUUUUAACAUGCAUCUUUCUAUAUUGUUGCCUUGGUGCAAAUCAGCAAAUAUUAGGAUGGCUGAUCUAGAUGUAAUUGGACUAAUAAAAUGUGGGAUCUAAAAAGGCACUUAAGCUUUAGAGGGCACAGGAGAGCUGCCUCUUUCCCUCUGCUGAUGGAUCAAGCCUGUCUGCCAAGACGCUGGGAGCAGCAUUAGCCCGAGAAGGACCUGCAGAUGUGUUGGUGCCUUGCCUAGAGCCUGGUGAUGCCACCAUGCUCGAGGUGCUGCCACUGCAGCUCCCCGCAGAGCUCUGGCUGCGGCUGCUGGGGAAACCAGGGUCUCGCUGGGGUUGGUACAUGCUGCAGGGGGUGCAGGCUCCCCAGCUUGGCUUGCAAACCAAGCUGUUUGAGGGAGCACAAGCACUUGAUGAGUGGUUUAAGUGCCAGCUGCCUGUGAGCCAGAGAGCCUGGUCCUGCCCUGGAGCAGGCAGUCUGGCAGUGGUGGCAGCUUGGUUUGGAGGAAGAGAGGACAGUAGGACGUGGCUCUAAGGGAACAUUAAGAUGGGACAGUACAGAAGUGCGAAUGCUUUUCCCCUGUAGCUCUCAGUGGCUACAACGGAGCAGCCAGCAUGCACCAUUUGUAAAUACAGAGCAGUGCUGCUUGUGUCUCUUGUGAAAGAGGCCGGGACCUGGCUUGUAGGAUGUUCACUUCAAGUGCGACUCCUUGGCUACUAUUCUGCAAAGCACAUCCAAGUUUGGCGGUGAGAGGUGUGAAGCUGCCUGCAACUUGCUGAAGGCUCGCACAUCAGGGGAGAGAGCAAGAGGGUGGUAAGGAUGGGCGCUGUUGUUGCCUGAUCAGAAAGUAACUCCCAAAACACACGAAGUACGUUUAGAGAGGAGACAUUGCUUUAUUCUGCACAGGGUGCAAGGUGGAAGAUUGCCACAAAUCAGGCACGCCUCCUGAGGUUUUCAGUUGAUACUUAUACACUGCAGUUAAAACACCACGCCUAUCUAAUACAUAUGUUCUGCCUAACUAUUGCAUAUUCAUUAUGUUGAGCAAGCAUGACCUGUUGUUCUCUUGAGCAGUCAUCCUAGAGUCUUCUACGCCUGCGCGGGGGUCUCUGGUGGUCUUCGGGGAUCUUGGGUGGUCGUUUGGGGAAGAAUACCCCUACUCCUUUUGUUUCUCUUGCCAACCCCUUGUUGCGGAAGGAGGAUGUAUGUCCUUAAUUAACAAGUCUGUGACUCUGAAAUGUCUGUUAUCUGGUGCCUUGACUAUUAUCCAAACACUCCUUAAGCAUCCUCUAUUGUAAGCAGAAUCUUAAAGUAGAUAAGCUUUACCUUGAGUACACAUAAUCUAAACAGUCCUUGAAUAGCAAGCCUACCACACUUCUCAUGUUUUAGGUUUUUUUUUCCUUUAAGCUAUCACCACCUCCUUAUUUGUUAAUCAGCCUUUUGAAGGCCUGAGGCAAAGCUGUCUCCCUUUGCCUGGCCUCGGUAGCCAUACAGGUGUUAGGAGGCCGUGUGGUGCCUGAGGAACAGAGGGGUGCCCCCACUCUGCCCAGGCCUGAGCACGCAUGGCAGGGGUGCCCAGCGCAGGGCAUCUCAGGGCUGCGCUCUGUCCCCCCUGGGCACAGACAAGGUCAGAGUAUAGCCUGGGGUCUGAGCAAGCACCUGUUCCUCGCACCCUCCCCAGUCCCGUCCCCAUGCACGUGUGCUGGCUGGGGAGCAGGCAGGUGGGUUUGUCCCAGUACACUUGGUCUGCGUCCCCCAUUGCUGCGGCUCUCCUCUCUCAGACGUGGCCGCGUCCGAGUGGUUCUGGCAGCAGAGCAAUUGGAAAAUGCUGCCGGAUCCUCUGGGAUGAGAGGGGCGAGGGAGAUAAAGCGAGUGACGCCGGGAAGCGGAUGUCUUUAUUAGUGUUUCUGAAAGGGCAGCAGCCCCGGUCUUGGCAUCGAGCGGCAGCUUUGAUUAGCUUUACCC